AGAGCGGAGAAAGGAGGGGAGGAGCGGGGCUCGGGGCUCGCGGCGCAGCAUCGCACCGUGCAUGGUGCUGCGGUGUCGGAGGGAGUGGAUGAGCAGCCGGAGCUGACCCAGAGAUGGCUGUUCUCAAACUGGCCGACCAGCCUCCUCUCAUCCAGGCGAUCUUCAGCGGAGACCCUGAGGAGAUCCGUAUGCUCAUAUACAAGUCUGAAGACAUCAAUGCUCUGGAUGCAGAGAAACGCACCCCGCUGCAUGCAGCGGCAUUCCUGGGUGAUGCCGAGAUCACCGAGCUACUCAUCCUCUCUGGGGCCCGGGUCAACGCCAAAGAUAAUAUGUGGCUCACCCCUCUCCAUCGUGCUGUGGCAUCUAGGAGUGAGGAGGCCGUGCGAGUUUUGAUCCGCCACUCGGCUGACGUCAACGCGCGGGACAAGAACUGGCAGACACCGCUGCACGUUGCUGCAGCCAAUAACGCGCUGCGUUGUGCUGAGGUCAUCAUCCCGCUUCUGAGCAGUGUGAACGUGUCGGACCGCGGUGGACGCACCGCCCUGCAUCACGCUGCCCUCAACGGCCACACUGAGAUGGUAAACCUCCUCCUCGCUAAAGGAGCCAACAUCAACGCCUUUGAUAAGAAGGACGGGCGGGCGCUGCACUGGGCAGCUUUCAUGGAGCCGGGACGGGAAGAGUCCUCUUCACAUGACAGCAGUUCAUGGGCGCUUCACUCGCUCCCAGACCCUCAUUCAGAAUGGUGGGGAGAUCGACAGUGUGGAUAAAGAUGGCAACACCCCUCUCCAUAUUGCUGCCCGCUAUGGUCAUGAACUCCUCAUUAACACGCUCAUCACCAGUGGAGCAGACUGCACAAGGCGAGGAGUCCAUGGCAUGUUCCCUCUCCACCUGGCUGCCUUGAAUGCUCACUCUAACUGCUGCAGGAAGCUGCUGUCCUCAGGCUUCCAGAUAGACACUCCUGACAGUCUGGGGAGGACCUGCCUGCACGCUGCUGCCGCCGGAGGUAAUGUGGAAUGUGUCAAGUUGCUCCUGAGCAGCGGUGGAGACCACAACAGGAGGGAUAAAUGCGGCAGGACUCCCCUCCACUACGCGGCUGCCAGCCGUCACUAUCAGUGUCUGGAGACUCUGGUCGCCUGUGGAACCGCCAUCAACGCCACUGACCAGUGGGGGCGUUCUGCCCUGCACUAUGCUGCUGCCUCGGACCUGGACAGGAGGCGUCGUGUUGCUCUGGAGCCAGAGAGCGAAGGAGUUCAGGCGGAGAGGGAGAAAGAGGCAGCGCUAUGUCUAGAGUUCCUGCUUCAGAGUGGAGCGACGGCCUCUCUGAAAGACAAACAGGGCUACAGUCCCGUCCACUACGCUGCUGCCUACGGACACAGGCACUGUCUGGAACUGCUGCUGGACAGAGACGACAGUCACCAAGACGACCCAGAGUCUCCCAAUGCCAGGAGCCCGCUGCACCUCGCCGCGUACCACGGCCACGCUCAGGCCCUGGAGGUGCUGCUGCAGGGGGAGACAGAGGUGGACCAGGGGGACGAGGCGGGGAGGACCGCCCUUGCCCUGGCCGCACUCCGGGGACACACUGACUGUGUUCACACCCUGCUCGGCCAGGGGGCGUCACCGCGCGCCACCGACUCCCAGCACGGACGCACCCCUGUCCACCAGGCAGUGAUGAACGGUCAUACGACGUGCGUGCGCCUCCUGCUGGACGAAUCGGACAGUGCAGACCUUGUGGACGCUGCUGACUCUCAGGGACAGACUCCUCUGAUGCUGGCGGUGGCGGGGGGUCACGUGGACGCUGUCUCGCUGCUGCUGGAGAGGGAAGCCAAUGUCAACGUGGCCAAUAACCAUGGCCUCACUGCGCUGCACCUCGGGCUGCUGUGUGGUCAGGAGGAGUGUAUCCAGUGUCUUCUGGAGCAGGAAGCCUCGAUCUUGCUCGGCGACUCGCGAGGUCGCACCUCGAUCCACCUGGCCGCCGCCCGAGGCCACGCCUCCUGGCUGAGCGAGCUGCUGGGCAUCGCCUGCUCCGAGCCGCCGUCGCUGCCCCCGCUGAGAGACCACAGCGGGUACACACCGCUGCACUGGGCCUGCUACUAUGGUCAUGAGGGGUGUGUGGAGGUUCUGCUGGAGCAGAAGGGUUGUCGCUGUAUUGAUGGGAACCCAUUCACCCCUCUGCACUGUGCUGUAGUGAACAAUCACGAGCCCUGUGCAUCGAUGCUGCUGGAGGCCAUGGGGGCAGAGAUCGCUGGCUGCAAGGACGCUAAGGGCAGGACUCCUCUUCACGCCGCAGCGUUCUCGGGUCAUGUCGACUGCAUCCAGCUGUUGCUGUCCUACGAUGCACCUAUCGAUGCUGCAGACCAAUCAGGUCGCACUGCACUGAUGAUGGCGGCUGAGAAGGGCAGAGUCGGAGCCCUCGAGGUGCUGUUGACCAGUGCCAACGCCAACCUCAGUCUGACAGACAAAGAUGGCAACACCGCCCUGCAUAUAGCUUGCAAUAAUGGGAAGGAAGACUGUGUGUUGCUGAUCCUGGAGAAGCUGUCUGACACCGCGCUCAUCAAUGCCACAAAUGCAGCGCUGCAAACUCCUCUCCACCUGGCGGCUCGGAGCGGUCUGAAGCAGGCAGUCCAGGAGCUGCUGUCCCGAGGAGCCAACGUGCAGAAGGUGGAUGAGAAUGGUCUGACCCCUGCUCUGGCUUGUGCUCCUAGCAGAGAGGUGGCUGACUGUCUGGCUCUCAUUCUGGCUACCAUGAUGCCUUUCUGCUCCCCUUGCAGCUCCGGGGCUCCCUCCCCAGGCUCCCUGCUGAGGCAGCUGCCCCACCAGGGGGGUAAAGGCCCAGGCACCGGCCCGCGGGUGCCACGCAGCCCCAGGAACCCCUCCGGACCCUCCAGCGAGGGAACCACUGAGAACGACUCUGAGGACUCGGAAACCUUCUGACCCCUCCGAACCGACCCCCUACCCUCCUCCCUCGAACUGUGCACCUGAACCUUUUACCCCCUCCUCCCCUCCAGGAAUGAUGCUUUAGUCUGUAAUGUGCACUCUUGAGGCAGAAGGGUAGAUACUCGGUUGCAGUGUCUGUGUCUUCUGCUCUUCAUGUGGGGGGGAAUGUGUAUAGAACGCCUCCCCCCUUUGACCCCAGGCUGGAGGCCCUACUGGGUCUUUUUCUUAGUGCCCUUUUCCAAAAUAAGUGUGCGGAGCGGCUGCACUGCCCCGGACUGACUGCUGCAGCCAAAUACGUUGCUCCAUGAAGCUGUGGCUGAAGGAGAAUUCGAUCCGGAUCAGUUAUGGCUCGGGUCUGCAUGCUUGUGUUAACUUCCACCACGGUUUGUUCUUUCUACUCACGGGUGCUUAAAUCCAAACCAACCUCGGUACUUAGUCUCUGCAUGGCAUAGCAGCUCGCCUCCGAGACUCCUUUUGUCUUUAUAAAAAAAAGCCAUUUUUAACUGUUUGUAUAAAAUGAAGUAGACUAUUAAGAAAGCUAAGUGUAAUUUUAACCUUUUUAGGAUUUUUUGCUUGUUGUUGUACCAAAUAUUUGACUUCCACUCAUAAAUAAUUAACAUGUACAGGAGGGUGACCAGAAGAGGUACGUAGAGCUCGUAUUUACCUGUGAACAACUGAAGCACAAAUUUAGAUUUUUGCUGAACUGUGGCUGGAACGUGUGCAGCCUUCAGAGACGUGUUUAGUAGUUUAAAUGUUCAACAGGAAGGAGGAUAUGACACGCUGGGUACAUCUCAGUUCCCUUAAUUGGAUCCGUGCUGCGCUUGGAGACAGAUUCAGGAAAAGAUGCGAGAAAAGAGAAAUGAAGGAAAUGAAGAAAAUUCUACUGGCAGCAACACAUUCACUUAUUUUCAUUUGUUGGUAUCCUGUUUGUAAAUUCAUGAUUAAAUAAUUCAGGUUGAAAUUAGAAAGUCUCAAUUUUUAGAAACAAGCAAGUAGCCUAAAUGUUGCAAAUUUUGUAAAUAUCUAGUUAAAACUAGUUUCACCCGUCACAAGAUCAUUCAAAUAUAUUUUAUGGCUGAAAGACUCAAAGCCUCCAUGACUAUAAUAUUGGCAAGAAGAAAAGUCUGAAUGAUGAAAGUGGUUUUCUUGCUGCUUGUUAAUCACGCCUACAGGAAUCCACCAGGUUGUUUAACCAAUGGUGAGUAGGGAUGCGGUCUGAUAAUUAAAUUCAAAUCUAGCAUCAAGUAGGGCUGUGUAUUGUUAUUAUUGUUAUAAGGAGUUC